GUAUUCCACGUUGACUGGGCCUGACGUGGAACACGCGGUCAGUUUCUCGUCGACUAUGAGCGACGAAAGCCAUGCCAGUUACGAACGCAUGCGUUGUGUUCUCGGUGACUCUGUCGUUUCUUGCCUUACUGCCGUCGCUGCCUCUACAGGCUCGUGCGCAGAUUUUGGACUAUGGGUUUUCUGAUCGAUACGGAACAACAGCCUCGAAUGGCCCACCAGGUCAUUCCAAGUGGAGCGGCAACACUAAUCUUUCCGGACCACCGGGUCAUAAUAAAUGGGGGGGUGGUGGUAAAGGGUCAUCAGGUGGUCGCGGUCCUCCCGGAUUAGGGGGCGGCGGUCCUCCAGGAUUGAUUGGUAAACGUCCUCCGGGCUGGAACAAAGUGGACACCGAAAAUUCGUCCGAAGGUGAAAACUAUCCACGUCCAAAUAGCAAUGAAAACUAUCCACGUCCAAAUAAUGAUGAAAAUUAUUCACGUCCAAAUAGUGGUGAAAACUAUCCACGUCCAAAUAACAAUAAAAACCAUCCACGUCCAAAUAACAAUAAAAAUCAUUCACGUCCAAAUAACGAUGACAAUUAUUCACGUCCAAGUAACAAUGAAAACUAUCCACGUCCAAAUAACGAUGAAAACUAUUCACGUCCAAAUAACAACGAAAACUAUCCACGUCCAAAUAACAAUGAAAAUUAUCCACGUCCAAAUAAUGAUGAAAAUUAUUCACGUCCAAGUAACAAUGAAAACUAUCCACGUCCAAAUAACGAUGCAAACCAUCCACGUCCAAAUAACAAUGAAAAUUAUCCAAGUUCAAAUAACAGUGGAUCCAUUCAAAGACCUUAUCCUGAUUACAAUAGAGAGGGCCCCCAUGGUCCAGGCGAUCGCAUAUCCGAUCGAAAUGAAUAUCCACAGAAUCGACAGUGCAGGGACGACGAAUUUCGUUGUGGAAGUAACGAGUGCCUACCGCGAAGGGUUAAGUGUGAUAAUAAAAAUGAUUGUCGUGAUUCCAGCGAUGAAGAAUUUUGUAUGGCGAACAGAAAUAAUGAUGACAGCUGUGUUCUACCCCAACAACCAGAAGGUGGGCAUUACGAAUUGGGUGGUUGUGAUGAACGUUGCGAUAAACGUCCUGGUGAUACAGUUCCUAAAAACAGCUUCCUCAAUUAUACCUGUAAAAGCAAUUACAUGUUGAAAGGAAACACCAUUUCCGUUUGUGUCAACAACCGGUGGUAUCAGCCGCCUUCAUGCCAUAAAAUCUGUUCACCGUUGAACAGUACCAGCGUAGACAUUUCCUGCAGCUACCACGGGAAAACGGUGUCCUGUAGCGAGCGUAUACUGCCUGGUACGCAGGCUACACUCGCUUGUAAAUCAUCUUAUAAAUUACCUUUAACGAACGAUCCAGCUUACAGAGAGCUCACGUGUCUCGACGAUGGUUUAUGGGAUCGUCGCCUUUUUCGCUGUCUACCAGAAUGCGGAACGUCCAUCGCGCACGGCAACACGUUAAUCGUAAAUGGAUUCGCUGCCAGAACAGGGAUAUUUCCAUGGCACGUGGGUAUUUACGCCAAGGAAAAUACGGACAGGUACCAGCAGAUAUGUGGCGGCACUUUAAUUAACAACAAUCUCGUCAUAUCAGCUGCCCAUUGUUUCUACGAUGAGGUUUACAACAAACUGUACAACGAAUCACAAUAUGCUGUGGCCGCCGGCAAACAUUAUCGUGAUUGGAACGCGAGAGAAAAAUACGCGCAGAAAUCGUUGGUGGAGAGCAUCCAAGCAGGCGGCAGGUACCAGGGAGCGAGAGGUAAUUUCGCCAACGACAUAGCUUUAUUAAAGUUGAAGACGCCCUUCGAGCUGACUACCUUAGUGAGGCCCGUCUGCGUAGAUUGGGACAACACGCACGAGAGAGAGCAGCUGCAAGUGGGACACAGCGGCAAGGUGGUUGGCUGGGGCAAAGACAUCAAAGGCGAAUCCACCAAGAGCUUACAGGAAAUUGAUAUGCCGUUCGUGCCGUAUGAUCAGUGUUUGUCCGUGGUUCCUCAAGAUUUUCGAGGAUACCUCACGUCCGACAAAUUCUGCGCCGGCCACUUGAACGGCUCGAGUGUCUGCGACGGAGAUAGUGGCGGCGGCUUGUGCUUUGAGAAGGAUGGCAUUUGGUAUCUUCGCGGCAUUGUGAGUGUAAGCCCAGAGAACAAAGGCACUUGCGAUUACAACUCGUACGUUGGAUUUACCUCCAUCAGUCAUUUCCGUGAUUGGAUUCGCGAGGCCUACGUGAACGCAUAAAUGUUUCGUGGGAUAUGUGAAUUGUGCCAAUCCGUGAAAUAUAUCGCCAUAUUAUCGAGUCUGUAACGCUAGACAGUUCGAUACGACGUCAAAACAAGAUAACUGCAACAAAGCAUUAUUGACGAUUAUAAAUCUUCUUCGCAAUUUUUUAGCAUCGAGUGGCAAAAACGUGAAAAUGGAAGAAUAGAGAUUUAAAGAUGAGAUUUGCGCGAUAUAAAACUGUUGAAAACGCAAUAUUAUCUCUGAGAGACGUUGUCGAAUAUGAUUUAUAAAAAGUUUUAAAAAUCUAUACUCUGUGUACGAUACUCUUUUAUCAUAAUAAAACUCUUUAAUUAUACUACA